GCAAGUUCGUGCCGCGCGUCGACGCGAGAGAAAGAGGGACAGGGAGUUAUCAUUUCAGUUUAUUGUUUUUCUUUCAAGUAAUACUCCGGAGGUGUCACGAGUGCGGCAGACGUGUGGAAACUUGAAUGAAGAUCCUCCGAGUCCACGUUCCCUCCCCGGCGGCAGUGCGGGAAGAACAAGAACGAGAGGAAGAAGAAUAGGUUCGGCGGGAAGAGAAGAAGACGUUUUUUGUUGCGUGUGGAUGCGUUGGACGCCGAGCCGAACGCACGCAGCGGCCGGGACAGGCGGCAGACUCGACCAGCGGCGACCGGCACACCGUCGGAGGCGAUGCAAUCAGACCAGAGGCGGACGGCGCGGCAGCAUGUGAUGGUUGAGGACGAGCACCGCCCUGUGAAGCGUCGCGGCCGGUCGCCAUGCCUACCCCCGCCUCCGGGUCGUCGCUAGGCGAGCAGGAGGGGGGCGCGGGCCCCUGCAGCCCGCCGCACAGCCGCCGCAAGAGGAAGCGCAAGAGGGACGCCGACGCCGACUCCGCCAUGAGCCCCGAGGAGGAGCAGUCGGCCUCGCCGCCGGCCGCCGUGGUGGCCGGCAGCGCGCGCGAGGAGCGGCUGGGGUCGCCGCCGCAGGGCAGCAAGUUCCUACACGACGAGGCGCGGGGCGCGUCGUCCGACGACGACGCCGGCGACACGCGGCCCGGCAGCAAGGCCAAGACGAAAGGCGGCCGCGACGGAUUCGUCCCCGACGCGGACGACUCGCUGGGCACGAGCAGCGACGUGGAGAAGUUCGACGGCAAGAUCGUGUACAACCCGGACGGCUCGGCCUACAUCAUCGAGGACAGCGAGCUGAGCGAGGAGGACGCCGGCCUGGAGGUGCUGCCGCGCAUCAUCGCCGACGGCUGCAUCGUGGACGGCCGCGGCGUGAGCGCCUCGCACGCGCAGCCCUUCCCGCAGAUCGCGAGCGCCUUCUACGUGUCGCGCAACCCCUCGCUGUACAGCGCGCUGUACGGCGGGCCGGCGGGCUACGCCUCCAGCCUGCUGCAGGACAAGAAGAUGGUUCCUGAGGUGCCCGUCAUGCACAGCUACCGGGUGUACACGGUGCGCGACGGCAAGGCGGGCCACAAGGCGGCGGACCCGGCCGAGGGCUCCGGCAAGGACUGCUCCUCCGUGCCCGUCAAGCCCAUCCUCAUGUGCUUCAUCUGCAAGCUGUCGUUCGGGUACGCCAAGUCGUUCGUGGCGCACGCCAUGGGCGACCACAACGUGGCGCUGCUGGACGACGAGAAGGACAUCCUGGGCCACAAGAACGCCUCGGCCAUCAUCCAGUGCGUGGGCAAGGACAAGGAGCCGCUGGUGUCGUUCCUGGAGCCGCUGCCCCCCGCGGCGCCCCCGCUCGGCGGCGGCAGGAAGGAGGCGGCGCCCGCUCCGCCGCCGGCGCCGGCGUAUGACGACGCCGACGCGAAGGGCCUGAUGGGCGCCGCCCCGCAGCUAGUUCCUAAGGACCAGAAGGCGUCGUACGGCGUCGCGGGCGAGCACUCGGGCGCCGAGAGCCUCGUGGUCCACCGCCGGCAGCCGCUCGAGUGCGCCAGCGCUUCUUCGGGGCGACCACACGUCCAGAAUCAACAUGUUCCUGAGACUUCGGUCUCCCUACCUCAAAAUGGUGGUAGUUCUAGUAAUAGUAGUAGUAAUAUGCAUCACAAUAAUUGUAAUAAUAGUGCUAGUAGUAGGAUGAUCGGGCUCGGCAUGAACAGUGUGAUGGACCUGACGAGGAAGAGCCCCAUGUCGUCGCCGGGCGCGAGUCCGUCCCCCGGGUCCACGCUCAGCCCCUUGCUGGCGGGCGGCGCCCAGCUGCAGUACCCGCAGCCGCCGCCCAACUUCCUGACGGGCACCACCAUCGGCGUGUGCCCCGACCACAUGGGCGGCCGGCCGAGCGGCGUGGAGUGCGCCAAGUGCGAGCUGAUCCUCAGCUCGUCGCGCCUGGGCGGCGGCGCGCUGGCGGGCAUGCACUCGCGCAACUCCUGCAAGACGCUCAAGUGCCCCAAGUGCAACUGGCACUACAAGUACCAGGAGACCUUGGAGAUACACAUGAAGGAGAAGCACCCCGAGGCGGAGACGUCGUGCAUCUACUGCAUCGCGGGGCAGCCGCACCCCAGGCUGGCGCGCGGCGAGACCUACACGUGCGGCUACAAGCCGUACCGCUGCGAGGUGUGCAACUACUCCACCACCACCAAGGGCAACCUCAGCAUCCACAUGCAGUCCGACAAGCACCUCAACAACAUGCAGGAGCUGCAGAACGGCGGCGGCGGGCCGCUGGCGCCCAGCUCGGACCCGCCCCCGCCGCCCCCCGCCGCGCAGCCGCCGCCGGCGCCGCACCACGGCCGCUCCCCGGGCCCCGGCCUCCCCAGCCCGCACCACCCGGCCGCCAAGCCCAAGCCCACGUUCCGCUGCGACGUGUGCAACUACGAGACGAACGUGGCGCGCAACCUGCGCAUCCACAUGACGAGCGAGAAGCACACGCACAACAUGAUGGUGCUGCAGCAGAACGUGAAGCACAUGCAGACGCUGUCGGCGCUGCACCAGCAGUCGCAGAGCCAGCAGCUGGGGUUCGAGUCGCUGCUGCACUUCCACCCGGGGCUGACCCUGCCCGGCGAGAAGCCGCCCCCGCACACGGAGGCGGCGCUGGCCGACAUGGCCUACAACCAGGCGCUGCUCAUCCAGAUGAUGACCGGCGGCCAGCUGCCGCCGCACGUGCCCCCGGAGCUGGCGCCGCACAUGGACCUGGGGCUGAACCCCGAGACCAUGGAGCCGCCCCCCGAGCCCGCCGACCCCAACCCGCGCCACCUGUUCCAGUGCUGCGUGUGCAGCGCCUUCGCCACGGACUCGCUGGAGGCGCUGGCGCACCACCUGUCCGCCGACCGCACCAAGACCCGCGAGCAGGAGAUCCUGGCCGUGGUGGCCGGCCACUACGUGUGCCGCCUGUGCACCUACAAGACCAACCUCAAGGCCAACUUCCAGCUGCACUGCAAGACGGACAAGCACCUGCAGAGGCUGCAGCACGUGAACCACGUGAAGGAGGGCGGCGCGCGCAACGAGUGGAAGCUCAAGUACGUGCUGACGGCGGGGGCGGGGGCGGCGGCGGCGGCGGCGGGCGGCAUCCAGGUGCGCUGCCACGCCUGCGACUACUACACCAACAGCGCGCACAAGCUGCAGCUACACGCGGCCGGCCAGCGCCACGAGGCGUCCUGCCUGCUCUUCCUGCACCUCCGCGACUGCGAGGCCAGCUCCGCCGGCGGGGAGCGCGUCUACCACUGCGCGCUGUGCGGCUUCUCGAGCCGCGCCAAGCUGCAGCUGCUGCAGCACGUGCGCUCCAUGAAGCAUCUGCAGAUGGAGCAGCUGCACCAGCUGCAGCGGCGCAGCGAGGGCAAGGACCUGCACACGGACAUCGGCGAGGUGUUCCAGGUGGUGGGCCAGCCGGCGGAGCAGAGCUACGGCGACUCCGCGGAGCAAGACGCUCGGAAGGAGCUGCACCAGCACCAGAUGCAGCAGCAGCUGCAGCAGCUGCAGCAGCAGGCGGCGAGAGAGCCCAAGGCGGAGCCGCACCACGAGGAGGAGAGCGCCGCGAGCCAGCACAUGUGCCCCUACUGCAACUACAUGAGCAGCUCGGAGAUGCGCACCCAGGCGCACGUGAUGGCGCAGCACGGCCAGGGCGAGCCCUCGCCGCCGGCGCGCGCCGCCUCGCCCGCCAAGGACUUCAUGUGCCCGCUGUGCCAGGACGGCUUCCGCGAGCGCUGCCACCUGGAGAGGCACGUCAUGCAGAUACACAGCGUCAACUCGGAGGGCCUGCAGAGGCUGCUGCUGCUCGUGGACCAGUCGCACUGGCUCAACGCCGUCAACCGCUCCCCCGCGUCGUCCGCGCCCCAGCACCAGACACCGCCGCACCCGCACCACAACCACAGCCACAUGAUCUCGCCCGCCAGCUCCGCGGGCUCCUCCAAGGAGAUGGACUCGAGCGGGGGGAAGCAGAACCACUCCGACGCCAACUCGACCGAGGACCGCGAGGACAACCCGCUGCUCUCGCCUUCCCCGGACGACCACGCGGACGCAGACGAGAACAGGUGCCAAGCGUGUUUCAAACACUUCAGGAACAUUGAUGACCUGUGCGCCCACCACAACGAGACCGGUCACCUGGAGAUGAAGCAGACUCCCGCUGGUCCAGGAUACCUGUGCUGGAAGAAAGGAUGCAAUCAGUAUUUUCAGUCUGCGCACAGUCUCCAGGCUCACUUUCGAGAAGUUCAUUCCCCACGUGUUGGGAGUGCGUCUCAACACGGCAUUGCGGUGUCGGAAAAACACGUGUAUAAAUACAGGUGCAACCAGUGUAGCCUUGCCUUCAAAACUAUGGAGAAACUCCAGUUACAUUCGCAAUAUCAUCUGAUCAGGGAUGCCACGAAGUGUGUACUGUGUGGCAGGAGCUUCAGGUCUGUAGUGGCAUUGCACAAACAUGUGGAAACUUCUCAUUCCGAGCUAUCCGAAGAAGAAUUAGCAGCCUAUAAACAAAGCUUAAUGAACAAUCCUCUUCUUUUGGCUGGUCUGAGUGGCCAAGUUCUGGAUCCUUCAGCGAAUGAACUGCUCAGGAAAGAAAGUUUAAAGAUGGAGGCAGAUGAUCUUGUGGACACUGAUGAGAGUCCAAUGAAGGACCACCAGCAAGAAGAUGGAAUCGGCAAUGCACACAGUGGAGAUGGCGAUAACAGUGAUGAUUCUGUGGUGUAUAAAGAACAGCAGUUCCUAGAGGAUUACCUCAACAGCCAAGCGAUUGCAGAGGACAACUACAAUGACCCUAAUAGGAAGUACAAAUGUCACCGGUGUAAGGUAGCAUUUACAAGGCAAAGCUACCUAACAAGCCACAAUAAGACUUUACUGCACCGUAAAGGGGAAAAGUUGAGUUAUCCUAUGGAAAAGUAUUUGGAUCCAAAUAGGCCCUAUAAAUGUGAUGUUUGUAAAGAAUCUUUCACGCAGAAGAAUAUCCUGCUAGUGCAUUACAAUUCUGUCAGCCACCUGCACAAGCUGAAAAGAGCUAUGCAGGAACAGCAAAACAACAACAAUAAUAAUAACAACAAUGCUGUUACUACAGUUUCGCCUUCCUCGGCUGCAGCUGCCUUGGCUGCAAGUCUUGGCGUGACACCACCACCUACUCCUAAGUCUGGUACAAUUUCUGAGGAAGAUGACAAGAAACCAUACAAAUGUAACAUCUGUAGAGUAGCUUAUAGUCAAGGAUCGACCUUGGACAUUCACAUGAGAUCUGUGCUUCAUCAGACAAGGGCGUCCAAGCUUCAGGAUCUUGCGAUGUCGGGUCAGAUUGAUUUGAGCAAGCCUUUAAUAGAACAGCCAGAACCACAGAAAGCUCAGGAUCAACACAAAAGAAUGCUUCAGGACAUGAUGGGGUCGUCCCCGAAGCAGUCUGUUACAUCGCCACCUUCUGGUGCCAACAGCAGCAACGUGACCUUGCAAGUGCCGUCUUUAGCCCAGGGUUCACCACCUGUUACGGGCAGUCAAAUAGUUCCUCAAACUUCCAAUGCUGUUUCUGUGGUACCAUCGCCAAUAUCGAUCCCGACCUUGACAUCAGUUCCUAGUAGCAUUGCGCCGAGCUCGAAUGCAACUCAACAGGCUGUUCAAGCAUCGCCUGUGAUGACAUCGUCACCUUCUCCUCAACAUGGAAUGGUGUCUUGUCAGCGGUGUAGUGCACUGUUCGCUAGUCAAGAACAGCUUACAACACACCAGCAACUAUACUGCCUCUUCGGAAGUCCGAUAAAUUUAUUCCCUCCACUGACCGGUCCACUCUCAAUGCCAUCUCAUCCUUCUCCUCAGCCACCAGGACUGAAUAAGUCCCCACCUCCUCUUCCCACGACCCCUCAUGUACAAGAAGAUUCAUUCCAGAGGCUCACAAUACCGAACAAGAAGUCGUCUCAAGUUUACAAACAUCUUCUCGAGAGUUACGGCUUUGACUUAGUGAUGCAGUUUAAUGAAAAUCAUCAGAGGCGUCAGCGUAGGGAGCGCGAAGAUGAUGAGUUGGCUCUUUUAACACCAACUGUUCAAACACCCAUGCCAGAUGAGGAUGUUGAAAGACCUCAGGAAGAAGAAACUGCAGAACAAGAUCUACCUGAAGUUGCGAAGUCCAUAUGCCAACACUGCCGGAAAGAGUUCUCUAGUGUGUGGGUCCUCAAGGCUCAUUGCGAAGAAGUGCACAGAGAUCUUGUCCCACUAGAGUUUCUGGAAAAGUACGCCCAGCAAAUCAAGUCGGAGUACGAGAAGAAAGGUGUCAGUAGGGCGCCCCCACCUGGAACCCCGACUCCUGCACCACAGGUGGACGUUGCUCAAGAGAAAGAGCUCCAGGAGGACAACAAAGAGGCGUUGCACGUGAAAAUCGGCCUUACGUCACAGCACCAACCUCAGCAGCAGCAGCAGCAGCAGCAGCAUCAGCAACAUCAGCAACAUCAGCAACAUCAGCAACAUCAGCAUCAACAAGUCGCGCCCGACACGACGCCCCCGGCCCCGAGCACCCCCACGGCAUCUUCGACCCCUGCCUCCAGCACCGACUCGAUCCCGGCAACGACGUCGACGCCGAUGGGUCUCGCCGGAGCGCCCAGCCUGUCGCUGUCGCUGGCGCAGCAGAUGAACGAGAUGCAGGCGGCGCUGAACGCCAUGGCGGCCUCGCAGCUGCAGCAGCAGCUGCAGCAGUUCAACCCCAUGAUGAUGGGCCUGGGCAUGGGACUGCCGCUGGGCCUCAACAUGAACGCGCUCGCCGCCAUGAACCUGCAGCCGCCGCUGGUGUCCAUGAUGAUGCCGCCUCCCCCGUUCGACCACCUGGGCCUGGCGCAGGCGCAGAACCAGCUCUUCUCCCAGCAGGCGUCCAUGGACCCCGCCGGACUCCUGGCCAAGCAGCAGCAGCACCUGCUGCAGCAGCAGCAGCAAGCGGUGUCUGCGGCACAGCAGAAACGGGCGAGAACUCGGAUCACAGAUGAUCAAUUGAAGAUAUUGCGAGCACACUUCGACAUAAACAAUUCGCCAUCAGAAGAACAAAUUCACGACAUGGCUGGGCAGAGUGGACUGCCCCCUAAGGUCAUCAAGCACUGGUUUAGAAACACACUUUUCAAAGAACGCCAAAGAAACAAAGACUCUCCGUACAAUUUCAACAAUCCUCCAUCCACAACACUCAAUUUGGAGGAGUAUGAGAAAACUGGCGAAGCCAAAGUCAUGCAACUGAACACGAGCAGUAGCAGCAGCAACACAGAAGAACAUACUACAUCUCAAAACAAAGAAUUUCCACCCAGACCACCUUCCACGUCGUGUUCUUCGUCGAACAAGAGGAAGCAAUCACAGCCUCAGUCAUUGUCACAACCUCAGUCAUUUCCUCAGCCACAAAACUACUCUCAGAUUCCGGAAAUAAAAACAGAGCCUCGAGAGCCUUUGCAAGUAGCAGCUCCAGACAUUCAGGAGCACAAAUUCAAUAAUAUAUUUCACAACCAAGAGCACAGGAAAGAUAAUGGUGACAUGGCAGAAGAAAAACCACAAAGUUUGCACCCACCUUCAAGCCCUAACUUCAAUAUUUCUACAAACUGCAUACCUAGUACUACUGAAAAUAACCCUUUACCUCGUCCAUCCUCACCCGGUACACUUACUUUAACAUCAAUCAUUGCCACGCAACUAGGUCCAGAUUCAGUUACAACAACUCAUGCAAACAUCGGCUCCAUGACUUCAGCACAUUCUAAUAUGCUACCUCCGAAACUCACUCCACCAAAUUUUACAUCACCAAACCACAUGCCAACAUCGCCUAGCAUACUGCCUGUUACUCCAACUUCUAGGAGUGCUAGUCCAGGAAGAUCUUACAACAACAAUUCAUCAGAUGGUUUUAGUCAUUCUGGCUUGGCUGGUGGCUGUCUUUCGGGAGGUGGAAACAGUAAUGGGAGCAACUCUUCGGCUGGUUCUUCUGGGAAACGUGCUAACCGAACAAGGUUCACUGAUUACCAGAUAAAGGUUUUGCAGGAGUUCUUCGAAAAUAAUGCUUACCCGAAAGAUGAUGAUUUAGAAUACCUUUCAAAAUUAUUGAGCCUCAGUCCCAGAGUUAUAGUCGUGUGGUUUCAAAAUGCUCGUCAAAAAGCUAGAAAAGUGUAUGAAAAUCAGCCACCUGUAGAGACACCGCCUGGUGUUGAUGAGACUGGUGCAAACAGGUUUCAAAGAACUCCAGGACUUAACUACCAGUGUAAGAAAUGUUUGUUAGUGUUUCAGAGGUAUUACGAGCUUAUUAGACAUCAGAAAACUCACUGUUUCAAAGAAGAAGAUGCUAAAAGAUCUGCACAAGCACAAGCAGCUGCAGCACAGAUAGCUGCUGUUUUAUCAUCAGAAGAUUCAAAUUCGAGUACCAUAACUGAGCAGAAUCAGCAGAUACAACCUCAAGCACAACAGCAACAGACACAACCACAACAACCACAGCCUUCAGUGCAGCAACCUCCGAGUACUUUGAUGCCAGUAUCUUCAGCAUCGAGUAAUCCAACUACCCCUUCUGGUCCAGUUACUCCCACGCCCAAUACAUCAUUGUUCCCACCUUCGCCAGUUUCAACCACGCCAACACCCGCAGAAAGUUCUAAUGACAAGGAAGGCACAUUCCAGUGCGACAAGUGCAAUCUUGUGUUUCCAAGAUUCGAUCUGUGGCGAGAACACCAACUCGUCCACAUUAUGAAUCCUAACCUGUUCCCAACAUAUCCACCUGACAGUCCUUUUGGCAUCCUUCAACAGCACGCUCAGUUGCAGCAGCAACAGCAGCAACAACAUCACCAUCAUCAACAACAUUUUAUUGGCAUGGGUGUAGCAGACCUUUCAAUGAAUUCUUCUGGGACCCCUCCUCAUCAGCAUCCUCUUGCAUCUAUGCUCUCAGGGGGCAAAAGAAAGUUUGAUGAUUUGGAUGAGUCAAUGGAUCGCGAUUGUGAUCAACCAAAAGACAAAAGACUUCGAACUACAAUUUUGCCUGAACAGUUAGAUUAUCUUUACCAAAAGUAUCAACUAGAAAGCAAUCCAUCGCGUAAGAUGUUGGAAAAUAUUGCGAGGGAAGUAGGACUCAAGAAGCGCGUAGUGCAAGUUUGGUUCCAAAAUACCCGAGCUCGUGAGCGCAAAGGGCAGUUUCGAGCCCAUGCUCAGGUGAUCAACAAACGAUGUCCUUUUUGCCCAGCGCUGUUUAAGGUAAAGUCUGCAUUAGAAUCUCAUUUGGUAACAAAACAUGCUGAUCAGUGUACAAGGGGUGAAAUUAAUAUCGAUGCACUCCCAGAUGAAGAGUUGAGUAUGGAAUCAACCCCAUCUUUUAGUUCUCAAAUAAGUGAAACCAUUGGGAAAGCAUCAUCUAAUUUUCCAUCAUCGAAUUCAACUUCCAACAUGAUGCCACCUCUUUUUCCACCCUUUCAUGGUGACAUGGAGAAUUCCUUGAAAAAAUAUUAUGAAGAAUCUAUGAAGCGAUACAUUUCAGAAAUUCAGGCUCACCAUGCUUCUCAAAAUGGUGGAAUAAACAAAGAGAGCAUGCAUACUCCCACCGAUCUAAGCAUGAAGAUAAAACAAGAACCAGCAAUAACAGUUUCAGAAGAAUCGGGUGGUGGAGGUACUGGUGGUGAUGGACCUUUAGACUUGAGUAAACCAGUUGACUUGAGUCGUCCCAUGAAGGUAUCAAUGGACCACGAAAUUAGGCAGACCAUGCCAGAACAAGGUCCUCUAACAGAUGUGAGCGAAAGAAGCAUUUGUUUCGAGGACGACAGCUUGUCGGAGACAACAGAGAACAUGGACUAUGACGAAAGCAACCCGACGUCUCCUGCUUCGAGCACGCAGAGUGGGCAGCAGAGGCACGGGACGCCAGGGAGCGGAGGGAGCAAAAGGUACCGGACGCAGAUGAGCAGCCUGCAGGUCAGGGUGAUGAAGUCGCUGUUCUCGGACUACAAGACGCCCACGAUGGCAGAGUGCGAGAUGCUGGGGCGGGAGAUAGGCCUGCCGAAGAGGGUGGUGCAGGUGUGGUUCCAGAACGCCCGCGCCAAGGAGAAGAAGAACAAGCUGGCGCUGCAGAAGGUCCUGGGAGGCCCGGAGCAGGGCCAGGACGGGUCCCGGCCGCCGGAGGAGUGCAAGCUGUGCCAGUUCACGUACUCGCACAAGUACUCCGUGCAGGACCACAUCUUCACCAAGAAGCACAUCGACAACGUGAAGGCGCACAUCGAGAGCGGCAAGGCGGACGCGGCGGGGAACAACAGCGACGGCGGCGGCUCCGGCGGCGGCGGGGAGUUCACCGUGCCGCCGACACCCAGCUCCUCGGCGGACGCCCCAGUGAACCCCGGGCCGCCACCGCAGUACUCCACCGCCACCACCACCACGCCCACCACCACCACCACCACGAUCAACAACAACAACCAGCAGCAGCUGGCGCAGCUGCAGAUGCUGCAGAUGGCCGCGGCGUCGGGCCUGGGGCUGUCGCAGGCGGUGAAGCAGGAGAAGGACGCGCAGCACGGCAGCAAGUCGCCGGCGCCGGCGGGCGUCCCUGGGCCCGAAGACAUGGCGCUGCUGCACCAGCUGUACGGCCUGGGCCUGGCCGGCUUCCCCGGAGCGGGCAACCUCUUCCUGCACCCAGCCAUGUUCACGGCGGCCGGAGGCGGAGGUGUGUGGGAGCCGCCCCCAGGGCUGGGCGCCGGGACGCCACUCGCCCGCCUCCAGCUGCCCCCGGCGGCGCUGCAGGCGGUCGUCGAAGCCUCGGCGGCGGGCGAGCCAGGCGUGUCCACCGUGCGGAUCCCCGCCCUAGAGGAGCCGCCGCCGCAGUGGGCGCGCGAGCUGGACGCGGAGGCGGGCUUCGUGUGCAAGCGCUGCCGCCUGGGCUACCCGGCGGAGGCGGCGCUGCUGGCGCACCAGCGCGCCGCCUGCUACCCGGGGGCGGCGGGGGCGGCGCGCGGCGUCGUGCGGCUGGUGCGGCGCUGCCUCGAGUGCAAGGCGUGCGGCCAGCGCGCCGCCUCCGCGGCCGAGUUCCGCCGCCACUGCGAGUCGGAGGCGCACCAGGCGCGGCUGCGCCAAGCCAUGCCGCCCCCGGCCGCCCCCGCCGCCUCCUCGCCGUCCGCCGGCCUCUCGCACGAGAUGGAGGACGUCGUCAACCAGAUCGCGAUGCUGGCGGCGCAGAACAACACCGACUCCAACGCCAACAUCAAGGACCGCGCCGCCGCCGGGGGCGGCGACUUCUGCUCCGCCGCCGCCAAGCUGGCUCCGCCCCCGCUGGCGCUCUUCACCGCCGGGCCCUAGACGCCCGAACAUGCCGCUCCCACCUACGUGUAACCUUCGAUGUAACUACUUGUAUGUUCACGAGCUGUUUUUCCAGUCACAAAUGUUGGAUGUGUUUUUUCUCUGUUGUUUGGAAAGAGCUUGUUUGCCGAUUGCAUUCCUGUCUUUGUGGACAUCCUGUAGCUCUGUAUCCCAGCGGGUCGGUUCUUACACCAUCCCUAAACACGACAUUUUCACCUGAUUGAUAGUUACUAUUUACAAAAAAAAAAUUAUAGUUUUUGAAAUUUGUUACUACACUGAGAGUAAAUUAUACAAAUGAACUGUCAUGAUUUACUGCUUAAAGUAAAAGAAAGCACUGCUUUUUAUUAUUUAAAUUACUACUGGUAGAUUUUUGUAAAGUAGAUUAAUCUGUUUGUGAUGUGAUAGAUGAAUCUGUAUGAUGUAAUUAGCUGUGUAAUCACUGCACUCUGAGAAUUUUUAUGACAGUUUAGUAUGGUUCUUUUUUUUAAUUUUUAAAUGAUGUAUUCAUAGAGAUUUAAAAUCCAGUGUUAUUCUUUGAAUAUUAAUGAUUUUUUAAAAAAGUUUAAAAUGAUUAGAGUUGAUGAAAAAAAUAAGUAUUUCUCUCAUUGUAAUAUGGUUGCACUUAAAUGAUGAACAACAUGGUUUCCUGAUCGAGUGUCUUUUCCUGAAGGAAACAAGAAAUUUGCAGCGUAGAAGCUGAAUAUGUGUUAUAUUCAGAUGUUAAAACUGUGUGCUUAGCAUGUAUCAAAUGGGUUCGCUGCGAUCCUUAUCAGCGGCUUAUCGGCGUAAGUUCCUCAAUUUCUCGGCUGGACAGUGGGACAGACAGCCAGCCAGCAAGUGUGUACAUACCACGCAUGUGUGCCGCCACUCACAGACUGUUUGCAACAUGUAACUUAUAAAAAACUAUAAGGACGGUACUGACAGAGUUUUUAAGAACGAAGAUGCUCCUUCGAUAACUACUACACCUCGCGAAAAAAAAAAAAAUUUCUGUAAUCUCUGAAGUAAAUCGAAGAUUUAAGGUCCGCAAUGGAUACUGACUUUGAAAAUAAAAAAAAGGGAAACAGGAAAUGAAUUUUAAAAAAAUAUUAAAUUUAGGAUAUGAAAAUCAGAUAUAAUUAAAAUAUAUUGUAAGUGAUCUAGCUUGUUUGUUUGUGCAUAUGUCGAUUAUUAUUUUUCGCUGGUUGUAACUUGGAAAUAGCCAUGUUAAUAUUACAUGACAAAUUACAAUCCACAGAAUGUGAAUUCUGACUUAAAAUGAAACGUAAAAAAAAAAAAAAGAGAAACUACACUUUGGAGGUUUGCAAUGUCGAUUGUAAAAUGGUGGAAUAUAUCACGGGAAAGGCGUGAGUGUCAUUAAGUUGAGGGUGAAUUAAAUGCAAUGCAAUCAGUGUUCAUUGUCACCUUCUUUAUCACCCUGGCAUGCCUUUGACUUCGGCCGCGGGCAAAUCGAAAGUGGACAACUGCAAACCCUCCAGAAUUCUCGCUUUCUUUUUGAUAGCCUCUUUGUGAGAGUAUAUUGUUUUUGUUAGGUUAUCAAAAAGAAAUGGAGAAAAUUUCCCUAAGAAACGAAUAAACUUAAAAGGAAAAAAAAAAGUUAAAAUAACUUGUCAUUCGGCGCUGGGACGAAUGCAAGUUUGAAAUAUAUAUAUGCAGAUGAAUAUUUUUUAAAAAAAAUUCGUACUGGAAGAGGUGAAGUUUCAUUUUCCUCGCACGGCUAUGACAAGGCUUGCCGCGAUGUUGGCACCACUGAUGUGAGUCGUUUUGCCCAUCGUGAAUCCGUGCAGACUCAAGGGAAGAACGUGACCUGCAUCCAGAAAUCUCAUUCUCUUCUCGGGAACAAUCUGAAUCUUUUGAUGUGGAGAUAAUCUCUUUCGGAGUAAUUUUGUUUUUUGCAAAAAAAAAAAAAAACGUGUGCGAGUUUAUGUAUAAUUUAUGGACUUAAACCACAAUGGCAACGAAAUGAUCACGUGUUAUCUGUUAGGGGUCAUGGAAAGAGGUCACGAGUGCCCAGCCUGGUGGAAUUUAACUAACUUCUGACGGUACGUUUUUUUUCCCAGCACCCAAAGGUUCCUAUCUUUAGCUACAUUACUAAGGUUCCUGUUUAUGAAUGCUUUUUCUAUAAUAACUACUACUAAUAAGAUAUUAAUAAUUAUUGUACUAUUACAUUAUAGUUGUGUGUGCGGGUCUGUUGUUGGUGUAAAUUACAUCUUAACAUUACUUCGGGUUUCGGGGUGGGGGGGAAUAAUAUAAUUGAGAUGUAUGGAGAGCGAUUGAUUCCACUCCAGACGGAACUUUGCAAAACAUUUUACCCCCUGUUCCAAUUUGCGAGAAGAAGAAAAAAGCGGUCAACGCAAACUCAUAAUUAUCAACCUAAGUGUGAUAAAAGGUAAAAAAAUUAAUAAUUCAUAAAUUUUUAGCGGAUAUUUAAAGUGAGAUAGUGAAUUUGUACCUGUCUGGACAGCGACUCGCGAACCAAACUUCUCAAGGGGUCACUAACCAAAUCAGAAAAGAAAGCACACAUGACUAUCACGUCACUGUUCCUCAAUGCUAUGCCCUUUUUCCCCGGUUUGGUUUCAGUAAAAACAAAAUAUUCGUAGAAACAAAACAAUGCUUUGUUAUUUUAAAAGAGUGCUUUUUGAAAAAAAAAAUGUUUCAGUUCUUUUGGCAGUGUCAUCAUCGUAGAAAACAGUCUUUUAAAAAAAAUAAUCUCAACCAGAGCUACGGCUUUAAAUAACAUUAGAAAUAUUCAAUGUGCAGGCGUACCAACACUUGCGGCAUUGGGCCAUACAUUGAAACCGUUGAUUUCCUCGGUGAUCUUUUUUUCGUGUUUACGUUGCACUCGAAAUUUUUCGUUGACCACGUAUGACUGCAGAGAUGUGGCUGGUUGCUAUAAUUGGUGUAGAAUGAUGAGCAAAAUGAAAGCGCAGACAGAAGGGCCCCGAGCAAAUCUUGGGGCAAGCACUGCACUCUGAUUAUUAUAUAGCAAUGCUUAUUAUUAAUAUAGGCCCUAAAGUAACACAUAAUAAUUACGUACAAAAUACGAAACCUCGCCCAGUUUAAUUAAGUAAUGUUUGUAGUAAGUGUACGUAUGUGGAUAUUAUAGUAAUACAAAAUAAGACUUGUUUUUUCUUUGUUCACAGUUUUUAAAUGUAAAUGAAGUGAAGAUGUGUUGGGAGAUGCAUGUAAAAAUGCAACGUAUUAUGGUUCCUAGUAGAUUUCAUAUCUUUGAAGAUAAAAAAAAAAGAAAGUAAUUUUAGUAACUUAAAGUAUUGUAAUGAUUAAAUUGUGCGUGAUGGAGCCACUGUCUCCGAGCUUUUUCUCUUUUGUUUUUGUUUCGAGAGCCGUUACAACUUUGUCGGGUCUGUGAAGCGCGUUGCUACGCUACAUGGAAAAUGCUUGGGCACCGCGCGUUUUCGUUCGCGUUUGUUUUGAGUUGUGGUUUUCCAAACCUGCCGCGUAGAGCUGUCCCCUUAGCCAUGCGGUUAGUUCUGUUCGUGUUGCCAACCCCUUUUUCCAGUGUGUUCAGUUGCCUCGAGCGGCCGCCAGGGUCGUGUCGGCAUCGUCCAACCGUCAGCGAACAUGCACACGUUCAGGAGUCAGUCGUCUGUUGUACCUCGACUCCUCCGCCAGCAAUGUACCGAUGCGCGAACUCGUUUCCGAGACGCACGAAGUAUCCCGAAAUUUCACGGUUACGUUAUUCAAGCUUACGAGGAAUUGCAAUGUGAACAUCGAUUCUAGCAAAAAAAAAAAAAAAACGCCACGAGCCUAUCUAUUUUUUUUUGUGGGGCGGCAUGUUUAUAUUAUAAAAAAAACAACCGAACUAAUCAAAAUUAUAUAUAUUUUUAUCAUAGCUAUUCAGUGAAAAAAAAAAUCAAAUGCUGUAAAUUUACGAAAAAUAUAUAUAUAUAUUUUUUUUUUUUGUGAUUUUUGUAGGUACGAUCAUAAAAUUUUUCCGGAUUUGAACACGAACUCACGCGAAUUUACGUUAGUAAAUUAUAUUAACUAAACCUUCGUGAUUUGUUUAUUCCACUGCAGACGCAUACUUUUCCCUUGCGCGUACAUUUUUGCCCUUUAAAAAAAAACGGAACACUAUCUACACGAAGAUCCAGUUAUCUGGGCGUAAUAUGGGUUCAUGUUUUCUUUUUGGUGGUGUGCAGUCCUGGUUGAAAAUUUCGUAACCUUUGCAAUAUUUUCUAACGUUGAGCUAGCGAUCCCUGCGUCAACACUAACCCCUUCUGAGCUGCCAGACUGAACGACCUGUCCCACCCGACCCUUCUCUCCCUUGCACGACUCGCACUUAUUGCUUUAUUUACUUCCCCUCCGCCUGGCCGAGCUUUAUCACUCCGCUGCCGGUGCGUGGAAUUGCAUGGUCUAUGUUCUUCUAAGUUCAAUUGAUUUUCUUCAGUUUUGGGUGUUGGAACUGAAAACGCAGGAGGAAUGAAAACAAAAAAUAUUUAUGUUUACAUCCCAGCUAAUGCGAACAGUACCAGUGUGUUGUUUGCUUGAUAUUGUUUUUUUUUUGGUUACAGUAUUUUAGAAAUUAAAAAAAAAAAUACUAUUGGAUUGUAAUUAAUUUUUUUUUCUGUACGAACCUAUUUUUUUUUCAAACGUUUCUCUUUUUUUUUCUGUGGUUUAUUUUCAUAUUUAUGUUGUGUAUUAUUUGCAGCCUAUUUGUUAGUUACUGCACGAAGAAAAAAAAUAAUUGAUGUGGUGGCGUUACGUAAUUAUUUUGAUUCUCUGUGCCUGAUAACUAUACAUUUCGAACCUCUAGGAGAAAGGAAAUAUUUUUUUUUUUUUGCGCAGUUGGCAGUGCAGAAGCGAGUAGAAUGACGACCAGUGCUCGAGGUAGGCAUCGUCUCAUUCGUGUUGUAUACUUAUUUGGUAGACUUGCGAUUUUCAAGUGAUAACAGGUCUUUACGUUUUCAAAACUCUCAUUAACGAUCUGAUUAAAUAAUUAGUUCAAAGAAAUGACGGGGGUUUUUUCCCCUAGUGAUAUACGAGCUUGAGACAUAGGGACAGCUCUCUAGCUUGAAGUGAUUUUGUAGCAUUAUAUUUGGUUAUUGUAGUUUUAUUGAUUGUGUCGGCAUUGUGCGUGACACAUGUGCUUGUAUCAUUCGCGCCUACUGUAUUGUUAAUAUUAUGUAUUUAUACGUUUUAAUAUUUUGUGCAUUUAUUUAAUUUAGUUUAUUUUAAUUUUUGGUAUAUUUCGUCGCCAAGACCAACGUUGUGAGUAGUCUAGCCACUGUUCACUGCAAUCUCACGACCAGGACUUAAAACGUGGACGCAUAUGUUGAGUUCUAAGCCCAAAGUGCAGUAAACAUAAGUUGCCAGUAACACGUGUUGCGUAUUAAACAUGUCGCUCGUCACAAUUAUCAUGUUGAUAUCUUUGUUUCAAGAAAAUGUUUUAGAAAAUAAAACAUGUGUGUAUGUGUACCGCGUUGGAUGAUGUCGAUUCAAGUUUUGUCUCGAACAUUUUACUCUUAGAGAGAUUUUCUUCUGCUAGUAUAUUAUGAUUACUAUUGUAUAAAUUACAACAGUUCUAUAUUUUGUUUGUCUUGUAGACAGAACCAGGUGUUUUUAUAUAAAUAUAUAUAUUGAAUUGAUAAUUAAUAUAAUUUAUUGUUUUCCUUUUCCCUUCGAGUUAAAAGUAAGUUUGUGCUGUACAUACGGUAUUCGUUUACUCGUUAUGAUUGAUUUGUUACUUACUUAGUGGCCCAUGACAUUGAGGACAUGCAUUUGUUUGAAUGUGAGCGCAAGUUAACUGGUGUGAAUGAGUGAGCGCGAAGUAUGUGAGUGAAAGAGAGUGAUGGUCGAACAUUGAAGUCGCUGUACUAUUUGCAAGAGACUGGAAUGUUUUAUCUUUUAAAAGCAAAAUAAUAAAAAAAUUAUAAAAAAUAUACAAAAAAAGGUGAAAUUUUCUGACUAAGAACAUGCCAGUUUUGAUUUGAAGUGGCCCACAGAUAAAAAAAAUUAUAUUUCACACACC